AUGAUGUUAUAUUAUAAUGAAGUAAUAGGUGGAUUUUAUUCAAAUUGGUUUUAUGGGACGAUUAAAAUAUCAAAUAAAAUUUGUCAUAUUGAACCAACUCGUAAAUACAGUAAAAUAUUAACUAAUGCUGGUCUAUCGAUUAUUUCUAAUGCAUUUUAUGUUGAUAUGACAAUAUAUAAGAGUAAUAAUACAUUUCGAUCUAAACAAUUUAUGAUUAAUGAAAAUGAAAAAUCAUCGUCUUUUUCGGAAUUUGAUAAUAAAUGA